GUUAGUAGAACAGUCUCAAUUCCGAACCGUACAAGUGCUCUAUAAGGGUGCAGCAAAGAGGGGAACGACGUCACGACCUUGUCCUCGCCGUCGUACCCAGUCCGCCGGCAUUGCCGCACUUCCUUCACCUCCCUCUCCGGCGGACCAGCCCCUUUCUGACGCCGCAACUGAUUCCUCCGACCGACUGCGAGCUCCGAUGGCCAAGACUUCCAAGAAGAUGCCGAGGCGAAACAGGUCGUCGCCCCAAGGGAGUCUGGUCGGCCUCGGCUGGGAGCUCCUCGUUUUCGGAUCCUUCGCACUGAAUCUGGUAGCCAUCGCUUUGUUCGCCUUGCCCUCGCUAGACAGGAGCGGAACGCCGCUAGGUCUCGACUCCGAAGGUUCCGUGGCGGAGGCUGCGCUCGUGGCGUCGCCGCAUUCCGAAGGCCAGAAGGAGGAGAUGGUGUCGGAGGAAGAGGAGAUCAGCGUGUCUUCCACCUCCGGCUCCCUCCCCGCAUCCAAGGAUGCCGUUAUUAACCUCGACCACGGAGACCCAACCAUGUACGAAUCCUUCUGGAAGGGAAUGGGCAACCGAGGGGACAUAACGAUCGCUGGGUGGCAGGCCAUUAGCUAUUUCUCAGACGUCACCAACUUGUGCUGGUUCCUUGAACCAGAGUUUGAUCAUGAGAUUCGUCGCCUCCAUCGCCUCGUAGGAAAUGCUAUAGCUGAUAACCACUUUGUGAUCGUGGGCACAGGCUCAACGCAGCUCUUUCAAGCUGCCCUUUACGCUUUAUCUCCUCCCGACACUCCUGAGCCACUUAGUGUUGUUUCUGCAGUUCCAUACUACUCGUCAUAUCCAGCAGUGACAGACUACCUUCGGUCGGGGCUAUAUCGGUGGGCUGGUGAUGCAUCAGCAUGCAAAGGCAAUGCUUACAUAGAGUUAGUAUGCUCCCCUAACAAUCCUGAUGGUUCCAUUAGAGAAGCAGUCCUGAACUCUGAGAAUGGAAUGACAAUUUAUGACUUGGCAUACUAUUGGCCACAAUACACCCCCAUAACUCGUGCUGAAGACUACGAUAUUAUGCUAUUUACUGUCUCAAAGACGACCGGCCAUGCUGGAAGUCGGGUUGGCUGGGCUCUAGUGAGAAACAAGGAUGUUGCUAAGAGAAUGAUCAAGUUUAUUGAGCUGAACAGCAUUGGAGUUUCAAAGGAUUCACAACUCCGGGCAGCUAAGAUAUUCAAGGCCAUUUCAGAUGGUUAUGAACUUCCAAAUCCAGAGAACAAGUACAAACUCUUCAAUUUCGGUCGGCAACAUAUGUCCAUGAGAUGGAAGAAGUUGCGCGAAGCUGUGAAGGUCUCAGGCAUCUUUAGUUUACCUGAGUUCCAGCCAUCCCAUUGUAAGUUCGCAAGGGAGAGGACUGAAACCUAUCCUGCUUUUGCCUGGCUCAAAUGUGAAAAGGAGGGAGUGGAAGACUGUGAAAGCUUCUUAAGGAGUCACAAGAUCCUGUCUCGGAACGGCAAGCAUUUCGGUGCAGACCGUAAGUACGUGAGAAUAAGCAUGUUGGAUCGCGAUCAUACAUUUGAUCUCUUCGUUGAACGUCUUUCUUCUCUCACCUGAGGCACCAUUUGACCUCUUCGUAGGACGUCUUUCUUCCUACCAAAUGACACUUUUUUUUUUUUAAAUCAAUGAUGUGUUUCCUAAUUCGUAGCCUCAUUAAUUACUCCUUUUGCUGAAUUAUAGUAUUGAUUG